ACAAUUACAAAUUCUAUGUAUAAUCCUGUAUCUUAUAUUACCGUUGACCGUGCCGAGCGAAGGCGCGCGCCCCGCCGCGCGCUCGUAUACCUGCGCGCAAGAAAUGGGCUGUGGGCUCUUUAGAACUUCAAAUUUCUGUAACUUUGGGAAUAUAUUUUCUACAUGGAUCACUACUGGUUAAAGCGAAAACAAUUUUUCGAUUUUUUUAACCGGUUACACCAGGCUCUUCCUUUGAGCUCCUUCUAUCAAUCAACAAUCUUAUACUGAAAGGAUGAGCUUGAUAUAACUGCGAUAAGAUAUAGUUCUGUGUCCUUUGUAACAGUAAAUAUUAUGAUAACCUUGUGGAAAGUGUAAGCUGAGAUGUGUUUUGAAAUAUCACUAGGCAGCUAAGUAUAGUAGGUAUUAAGUAGUUGAGCAACUAUCAGUGAAGAAGCAUUUGUGAUCUUGUUCAUUCUGUUGAAAUUAAUACAUUUCAUUGUACAACGUUCAGCAAAUUAACAUGGACCAAUUAAAUAAUCCCUACUAUACACAAUAUGUGCAUGAGCCGGAAAAUGAGCCGGGUGAUUCGAAUUAUAGAGAAACACGUGGUCCAUUAUUGGAAAAUAAAGUCGCACAUUAUAAUGAUUAUCAGUAUAUCCAACAGAGAAAUAAAGAGGAAUUAAUACAUAAAAGUUGGAUAGAUCAGAUCGAGCAAAUACAGCAGGGUGAUUUGGAAGAGAAUGUUCAGGAAAAAAUGGAAAAAGUUUUGCAAAGCUUAAAUCAACGACCUGGACAACCAAUGAAUAUGCCUGGUAUGCAGAAUAAAAUGCCAGGUAUGGGUAUGAUGCCGGCUCAAACUGGCGGUCCGAUGAGCCACAUGGGUCCGAUUCAAACUAUGCAGAACAAUCCUAUGUUGACUCAAAUGAACCAAAUGGGACAAGGAAAUAUUCCUCAACAAAUGAAUCAAAUGGUACCUGGGCAAAUGAGUCAACUAGCUACUGGACAGAUGCAACAAAAUAUGCAGUCUCAGAUGCAGAAUCAACUGUCAGGUCAAAUGAAUAACCAGAUCACAGGCCCAAUAGGCAAUAUACAGACCAGCAUGCCGCAACAAAUGAAUCAAAUUGGUCCUGGACAAUUGGGUCCUGGUCAGAUACAACAGCAGUUAAAUCACAUUCAAAGAAAACCAGGUGAAAUGAUGAACGCAGGAUUUCCAGGUCCACGAAACGUUACGCCUAAUCAAUUUUUAAGACAAAGUCCGUCGCCUUCGGCUCCGAGUCCAGCUGGAUUAGGAGCACCAUCCAGCAAUCAGAUGGUAGCCUCGCCUGCUCUAGUGCCAUCACCAAGCCCUCAACAUGCAAUAAUGACGGGACCUGCUCGUUCCGUAAAUUCCAUAGGUAUGGCACCAUCUCCAAGCAGUUCGUUAAACACUCCUGGAGGUAUAGGUGCUACGCCGAGUCCUCAGCAAGAGGAUCAGGCUUAUAGAGACAAAGUGAGACAACUGAGUAAAUACAUAGAGCCGUUACGAAGAAUGAUCGCUAAGAUGGGCAGUGAAGGAAAUGUUGAUAAGCUGAGCAAGAUGAAAAAGCUCUUGGAAAUUUUAUCGAAUCCUAGUAAACGUAUGCCAUUGGACACGUUACUGAAAUGCGAAGUUGUCUUGGAAAAAUUGGAUUUCAAAAGAGCGGAUGGCAGUGUGGGACCACCGCCAACGACAUUGAAAGAGCACCAAAUCUUUAGUCCGCUAUUGGAGGCUGUAAAUACGCAUCUUCAAAGCCCGGUAAUCAAUCAUACAUUGCAGCGUACUUUUGGAGCGUACCUGGAUGCUUUAUUUGGACCAGAAAUAAAAAAUUUGCCUCCAUCAUUGAAGAAGCAAAAGAUAGAAGAACCACCCAGUGAAAUACCAGAUGUUUUACAAGGAGAAAUAGCUAGACUGGACCAACGAUUUAAGGUCAGUCUGGAUCCAGCGCAGCAAAGUGGAUCCAAGUGCAUACAAUUAAUAUGUUGGCUCGACGACCGUCAUCUUCCAUGCGUUCCACCGAUCUCAGUUACUGUUCCUGCGGACUAUCCUUCAACUCCGCCUCGCUGCGUUAUGGCGCCACACGAAUACGAAGCAACAACAUUUUUGUGUGCUGUACAGAAAGCUUUGAAUGCUCGUAUCGCAAAGUUACCACGUCGGUUUUCACUCUCCCAGUUGCUGGAUACGUGGGAGAUGAGCGUUCGACAAGCUAGUGCACCAAGGGAAACAUCUGUCACUGCCAGUACGGUACUCAUGGGUUUAUAGUAUAUCUUUGUAUCAAUUUCUUUAUGUCUGUAUACUUCUUCAAAUUUUAUGAAGCUUAAUUAAACUGGCAGAACAUACAUUUA